AUGCGCACUUUAAUGAUGCAGUACUUGUCUGGUCUACUUGUUCCUGUUGUGAAUGUGGAAGACCUAGAGGACUUUGAAGUGCCUUCACCUUCUGUCCAGCAGACAGAAUAUUUGCUAACCUACAUCCUGUUUCAAUAUGGCUUAAAUGUUCAGAAGGCUGCUGGUCAUAAUGUAAGCAAUAGAGUUCUUCAGUCCUCGCAGGAAGAACCCAAAAGGCUGCAGCAUACCUUAGAACAAGUUAGUGAUGACAAAUAUUUACUUGAAAGCCAUCAGAUUGCUAUGGAUGUGGAGAAUAAUAUCGAAAAAUAUCCUAUCAACUUGCAGCCCCUGGAAUCAAAAGUGAAAAUUAUUCAGCGAGCAUGGCGCAAAUAUCUGCAGCGUCAGGAUUUGCCGCACCAGGACCACCUGGAGAAGCGCAGUCCAUCACCACCUUCCUUGUCAUCUGACAAAAUGAGCAGUUCAAUCAGCAUGAACACUUUUUCUGAUGGCAGCACUCCUAUAAUUCACAAGCAGAAAGAAGAUGAAUUUAAUUCUUUAACCAUUAAUUCCACCCGCUCAAGUCACUAUGGUGUCCAUAAAGAACUUCUGAAAUCUAUCUGA